AUGCUAGGCUUGAAGACCUUGUGGGUUUUGGCUUUUUCCUCUCUUUCCAACACUCUAGCGGUGAAUAACAGCGGCCGAUGGUGGGGAAUCAUCAACGUGGCCUCGUCUACCAACCUACUGACCGACUCCAAGAAUGUGCAGCUGGUGCUAGACCCUUCCUUGCAGCUCCUGAGCCGCAAGCAGCGCAAGCUUAUCCGCCAAAACCCAGGCAUCCUGCAUAGCAUCAGCAGCGGCCUGCAGAGCGCCAUCAAGGAGUGUAAGUGGCAAUUCCGUAACCGCCGCUGGAACUGUCCUACUACCCCAGGCCCCAAUGUGUUCGGCAAGAUUGUCAACAGAGGUUGCCGAGAGACUGCCUUCAUUUUUGCUAUUACUAGUGCCGGGGUCACCCACUCGGUGGCCCGUUCUUGCUCGGAAGGCUCCAUCGAAUCUUGCACUUGUGACUAUCGACGGAGGGGUCCAGGAGGUCCUGACUGGCAUUGGGGUGGCUGCAGUGACAAUGUGGACUUUGGACGGGUCUUUGGGCGAGAGUUUGUGGACUCCAAUGAGAAGGGGAGAGACCUGCGCUUCUUGAUGAAUUUACACAACAACGAGGCAGGACGUCUGACUGUUUUCACAGAAAUGCGCCAGGAAUGCAAGUGCCAUGGGAUGUCAGGCUCUUGCACCGUGAAGACCUGCUGGAUGCGUCUGCCCACUUUUCGGACCGUGGGGGACUUCCUCAAGGAUCGCUUUGAUGGCGCUUCCCGGGUCAUCUACGGCAACAAAGGCAGCAACCGAGCUUCCCGCAUGCUGCACCAUCUGGAGCCGGAGAACCCAGCUCACAAGCCUCCUUCCCCUCACGACCUGGUCUAUUUUGAGAAGUCUCCCAACUUCUGCACCUACAACGGCAAGACAGGCACCGCAGGCACGGCUGGACGCUUCUGCAACAGCACCUCCCCAGCUCUGGACGGCUGUGAGUUGCUGUGCUGCGGGAGGGGCUACCGCACCCGGACACAGCGCGUCACCGAGCGAUGCAACUGCACCUUCCACUGGUGCUGUCAUGUCAGCUGCUUGAACUGCACCAACAUGCAAGUGUUGCACGAGUGCUUGUGA